GCUACAUCGACCUGCCACUUUUGUCUGUGAGCAGGAUAUGACGACAACGGUGAAAAACAACUUAUUGAUAAAUGUACGCUGAUCUAUAGUUUCCUGUCGUGAACCUGGCUUCAUAGCUGUACGUGUGAGAGUAUUCGUCCUGUUCAAGCAUAUGUGGCGAUGAACGUUGCGAGCCUCCAGCACAUGAUCUCAUAUAUGUUUGAAUGGGGAUCUGUCUGGAAGGUGUUUACUACUUCGUUGGCUAUCAUCAUCGCUGCAGUUCUCACGAUCAAGAGUUUCCGUGCGAAGAGCGUUCGUCAGAAAAACAAGCUUACGGUGCCCGGCCCAGGAGGAGUGCCAAUACUUGGCUACCUUCCUUUCCUACGAACCCCCUACCAUGUCACCUUCAUGGAACUAAGUAAGCAGUAUGGACCCAUAAUAAAGCUUCGGCUUGGCUGCAAGGACGUGCUGGUACUGAACGAUCUCACAUCCAUCAAGGAGGGACUUUCAAACCCAGACGUGUUAUAUCGACCCAGUGAUUUCAUAUUUCGACACCUUGGAAUUGAAGGUAUCGCUUCAAUCAACGGAGAAAAAUGGCAAGUGAAUCGGAGGUACUGCUUCCACGUGUUGAGAGACCUGGGUUUUGCAAGGAAAUCUAUGGAGAAGCACAUCCAAGAAGAGGUGCAGUGUUUCAUGGCUGUGCUCGAAUCAGGCAAGAAAGAGCCAAUGCUGAUCGCCCAUACUCUAGCAUCCAGCGUGGCCAACAACAUCACAGCUCUGGUUUUCGGCGAACGCUACGACAUGGGCGAUCCGAAGGGUCGCUACGUUGAGAGAAUGCUGAGCACGUUGCUACGCGAAGCCCACUUCUUUUCCCUCACGGAUUUUCUGCCAGCACUUCGCUACGUGGCAACGCGCCUGCCAACCACGCAGUUGUACGCCAUGAAGUCCGUCCUGCAAGAGCUGAGCAGAUUCAUCAGAAAGGAAGUGCAUGAACGCGAAAGUUGUAUGGAGGAACACAUGGACAAGGAUUUCAUAGACGGAUACUUGAGGAAGAUUGAUGAAGAUAAAGGAAAAGGUUCUAAAUUUACUCUUGCAACGCUCGUGGGCAGCACAGUCAACUUCUACAGCGCAGCUACCAACACCGUGCGAAGCGCAGUCCUGUGGAACCUGUACAUAGCGGCCAGCGACCCGGACGGUCAGCAAGCACGCAUACAGCGAGAAAUUGACGCAGCAAUUGGACGCAAGGGGGCGCCCGCCUGGGAAGACAGGCGCCGCACGCCUUUCGCAAUGGCGUGCAUCCUGGAGGCGCUCCGCUGGAGGACCACGGCUCCUCUCGGCCUGCAGAGGGCCGCAGGCCGUGACACGGAAAUCUGCGGAUAUCAAGUCCCUGCCGGCACAAUGGUGGUUGCAAACUUGUGGGGUCUUCACAACAAUCCUGCCUACUGGCCCGAGCCAUCCAAGUAUGAUCCCACGCGAUUUCUCAAUGAUGACGGCACUGAGGUGGAUGAGAAGCCAGCGGCGUUUCUUCCUUUUGGAACUGGGAGGAGACAGUGCCCGGGUGAAACCUUGGCCCUGAUGGAAGUCUUCCUGUACGUGGUUACAACACUUCAGAGGUUCAGGGUGCUUCCAGAAGGAAGGCAAAACCAUCUCCCUCGUCACUGCGCCCGCUGUAAUCUCUGUGGCGAAUGACACGCAAAAACUGCGUUUUAUACCAAGAUGAUGUUGCCGCGUGCUUACGAGCGAUUAUUACUCAUAGAUACUAGCAUUUAUGUCAAUAUGACCCAGCAAACUGAUGGACGUUUGUAUUGAGAUUUGAUGGCACCAAUAGACAAGAAAAAGCUAUUUGGAUGUACCAUUAUAUCUGCUUUCUAUGGAGGCGAAAAUGCUUGAGAUCCGUGCACUUAGGUUUAGGUGCACGUUAAAGAACUCAGGUGGUCGAAAUUUCCGGAUCCCUCUACUACGGCGUCCCCCAUAAUCAUAUCGUGGUUUUGGGACGUUAAACCCCAGCAAUUAUUAUUAUUACAUCUGCUGCGAAAAUGGCGUCGAGAAAGGACGAGAGAGAAAAAGGCAAAGGAAACAAGUUAACUAUGUUGUACCCGGUUUGCUACCCUGCGCGAGGCGAGGGGGAAGGGGAGAAAAAGAAUAGAGAAAUGGCGUCGAUGCACGCCAAGAUGCGAAGCAGGUGUCAAGCCUUGAAGAAACGGUACCGAGAACCUUGCACAGUUCUAAGUCUUCGGUGGUGUUGGACGAGCACAAUUUAACAUUUCUUAGUAAAACAACUCGCCAAAAAAAGAGUAAUGCGACAACUGUAGCUUUUGGCGUUGUUUGAUAAGUUUUGACAUUUGGAGUACAAUAAUUUUAUGAGACGUCAUUUGUUUCGAUGCGGUGACCUGGAGAGAGAGAGGAGUACGUAGGUUUAUUGAAAGAGAAAGGUAUUAAAAGUGGCAUCGUGAACAUUAAUAAGCAUAUAGCCAUUAAAAACGUUUGCUCAAUAAAAUGUUCAGGGCUAUUACGUCUCUAAACAAAACAAUGAUACCACUGUUGGCGGUGGGCGACAGAGUCAGCGACUUGGCUCCCACUCUUGUUUCAUGUGCAAACACCUUUCCUUGUAUCUCGUUAGGUGUGGACACUAAGAUCGCCUAUUUCAGAGAGAUAAAGUUGUGGGUUCGCAUAAAAAAAGCAUCCUAUUGUAUCCUCUUUUCCGCGCUGAAACAGGCAAUGUGAACAUACGCCGACCGCUGUAAUGUAAGGGAUAACAGGACAGCAAAUUGACUUGUGUAAAUGCCACUUAAAAGAUCGUGAGAAACGUCGAGAGGUCAACUGGGGUAGCCAACUGCCUCUUAACAAUCUUUUGUCCUGCCUCUAAUAGUACGGAUGGCAUAAGAUUUUAUGGUUUCACUGCCUCAUCUGCAUGCGCUGAUGAGGCAGCGGCCCCUCGUAUUUGCACGAAACCAAACACCCAGGGCACCCAUCGUGAAUGGCGGCUUGUUGCGACAAUGUGCGACAUUUGAACUAUAAACUCAAAGCAUUUGAACUAUAAACAAUAGCAUUUCUAUUGAUGAAUACCCGCAGUGACAGGUUCUAAAGUAAGGCAAACGCAACUCAAGGGUUGGUAGUUCUGCCACCCGGAUCUGCUGACGCAUUGCAGAUGCCAGUUGAAGUUUGCGCAGCAAGAAAAAAGGAAUAUCUCUUGCAAUUCUCCACUCGCGCUAACGCAGGCGCUAAAGACAAACAGCCAUAACAUUUUAUGGGUACGUUGAACUGGCUCCAGCAUUCUUUGCCAACGUCUUCUGCUCCAUUUGCCUUCAAAGUAUGUCCUAUCUCAAGACGCGUGUGAAGAUAAAUGGCAGCGACGUACACACUCAAUCAUACAAGUGUUGUCGACUUGACGUUUCUGUAACAAAGGUGGCUGCCCCCCCCCUCCUGCCCCCCUCUCCU